AUGAAGAACGUAGAGCUAAUAUUCGUUCCACAAACAAGCAAAGGCCACUUGAUCCCAAUUCUCGAAUUUGCAAAGCGUCUCGUUGAUCACGAUAACCGGAUUUUGAUCACCAUUGUUCUCGUUAAAUCGCCUUUUGAUUCUUUCGCCAAUGCUUAUAUCGAAUCAAUCAAGGCCUCGAGGCCCGACCGAUUCAAAUUCAUCAAUGUUCCUUUGAUUGUUGAUCAUCAUCGGCAGUCGUUUGAAGACCACGUCAUUGAUCUUAUGGAAACGCACUUGCCGCUUUUGAAAAACGUUGUCACUGACAUUUCUUCGUCAAAAUCAAGUUUAAAUUCGACGACUUUUACAAGGUUUGUUUUCGAUUUGCUGUUUGUACCACUGGUCGACGUUGCUCAUGAAUUCAACAUCCCUUCGUAUAUAUUUUUAGCCGCUAAUGCGGGGUUCUUGAGUCUUUUGUUCCACUUGACGACCCGACAUAGUGAGACUCGAGAUAUCCCUGAGUUUAAACGGUCCAAUCUGGACGAGUUGAUCUCGGGAUUUAUCAAUCCCGUCCCUUCUAGUGUUUUGCCUUCUGACUUGUUCGACAAGGAUAAUGGUUAUCCUGCCUAUAUGAUGAUUGCUCAAAAGUUCAAGGCUGCCAAAGGGAUUAUGGUUAAUACAUUUGAAGAGCUUGAACCUUAUGCUUUUAGCAAUUUCUCCAAUGGCAGAAAUCCCCCGGUUUACUCUGUCGGGCCAGUGCUUGAUAUCAAUUGUAGGCCUCACACUGAGUCGAACUUGGCUCAACACAAAAAAGUGAUGAAAUGGCUUGAUGAACAGCCUCAAUCAUCGGUGAUAUUUCUUUGCUUUGGAAGCUUUGGGCGCUUUCUUGCACCCCAAGUCAAAGAAAUAGCGCUUGGACUUGAGCAAAGCGGAUACAGGUUCUUAUGGUCCUUGUGCAUGCAAUCAUUGUCAACGCCGCAACCAUCACAAAACGAUGCUCUAGGAGGAGUUCGUUACAAUGAAGACAUGUUUCCGGAAGGGUUCACGGAAAGGAUCCAAGGGAAGGGGAUGAUGAUAUAUGGGUGGGCACCGCAGGUGGAGAUUUUAGCCCAUGAAGCAAUAGGAGCAUUCGUAUCCCAUUGUGGUUGGAACUCAAUCCUCGAAAGCUUGUGGUUCGGGGUGCCGAUGGUAACAUGGCCUAUGUACGCUGAACAAAAAAUGAACGCAUUUAAAAUGGUGAAGGAAUUAGGGUUAGCGGUGGAGCUAAGACUCGACUACGAACAACUUAACAUCGACAAUGUUGUGACAGCCAACGAGAUCGAAAAAGCGGUCAAGCAAGUAAUGGAUGAUUGCAGUGGGGUUAGGCAGAAAGUGAAGGAAAUGGCAAAAAUUGCUAGGAAAGCAAUUGUCAACGGAGGAUCUUCGUUUCAUUCGAUCCAAAAAUUGAUUGAUGAUAUGAUAGUUUCAGUAUGAAUUUUUGCAUCAAUAAAAAUGAAGAAAGCAGAGCUAAUAUUUGUUCCACAAACAAGCAAGGGCCACUUGAUCCCAAUUCUCGAAUUCGCAAAGCGCCUCGUUGAUCACGAUGAUUGGAUUUCGAUCACCGUUGCUUUUGUUAAAUCACCCUCCGAUUCUUUCACCGAUGCUUACAUCGAAUCGGUCAAGACAUCGAAACUAGACCGAUUCGAAUUCAUUGAUGUGUCUCAACAAGAAGAACAUCAUUCUUUAGUUGUUGAUCAUCAUUCGCAAUCGAUCAAAUACCACGUCGAUGCCCUCAUGGAAACACAUAUGCCGCUUUUGAAAGACUUUGUCACUGAAAUCUCGUCAUCGAGAUCGGAUUUGGACACAUUUACAGGGGUUCUUGAGUCUUUUGUUCCACCUAACGACUCAACACGAUGAUACUUGGAAUAGCCCUGAUUUUAAACGGUCCUAUCCUGACGAGUUGAGCUCGGGAUUUAUCAAUCCCGUCCCUUUCAAUGUUUUGCCUUCGGCUUUGUUUGAC